CACCACAGAUGCAAUUUUUUCCAUCAGUUGUCAGUUAACUUGGCCAGGCAGCACCGUAUCUACGAUCUAUCCAGCAUAUUGAUCAAUUGGUAUAUCACAAUGCAGGUUCUUCUCCUAGGCGGCCACGGUAAAGUGGCUCUGCAUCUGACCCCGCUUCUGCUCGCCCGCUCCUGGAACGUCACCAGUGUCAUCCGCAACGCAGAGCACGAAAAUGAGAUCCUUGCCCUAGGCAAAGGCGCUAGGGGCAAGCUGAACGUCCUCCUCUCCAGCUUGGACGACGUCAAGAGUGAUGCCGACGCCAAGAAGAUCCUAGACAGCGUUUCCCCAGACUAUGUGGUGUGGUCGGCAGGCGCCGGCGGGAAAGGCGGUCCCGAACGUACCUUUGCCAUCGACGAACGCGCCGCCAAACACUUCCUCUCUGCCUCGUUUGCCCACCCCAGCGUGACCAAAUUCCUCCUUGUCUCCUGGCUCGGUAGUCGACGAGUCCAGCCCGCCUGGCUCCCCGAUGACGAGUGGGGCAUCCUGCAAAACGUCUUCUACAACGUCCUGCCUGCAUACGCCAAAGCCAAGCUCGAAGCCGACGAGUACAUGACCGCGCUGGCAGCGCAGCGCAAAAAGCUUGUUGCUGCAGGCGCCGCGCGGCCCCUGCAAGCGAUCAAUCUGCGACCGGGGACAUUAACUGACACCCCGGCGACGCGCAAGGUCGACCUAGGCAAGACCAAAAAGGGCCGGGAUAUAGUGACGCGCGAGGAUGUGGCGAUCGUCGCGGAUCAACUGCUCGCCCGGGAUGACACAGAGGGCUGGUAUGAUCUGCUAGAGGGCGCGGAGCCCGUCGAUCAGGCCGUCGAGCGGGUGGCUCGGGAGAAGAUCGAUGCGGUCGAUGGAGAGGACGUCGAAGCCAUGGUUAAGCGAUUCGGCCUGUAAACAGACUGUGCAGUCCAUUGUAAUUAUGCAUGAUCAUACGAUCUCGAUCCUACAAUCCCGUUGAUCGUACUUGACCCGGACCGGUAAUGAGAUGCAAUUCAACGGAUGUACUGUACUUUUUUCCAGUCCUUGUUACAAUGAUAGAUCAUGUAUGAACAAACUAACUUAC